AUGAAUACACCAGUGUAUAGGUAUCCAGAAUGCCGGUUGACAGAAAAGGGAAGAGAAUACAUCGGGAAGGUGAGUAAGACGAAAUCAGGAAAAGAGUGUCUGAGAUGGGACAUUCAGCCAUACGGAACGCCCGAUGAUUUUCUCAAAGAAGUCAUGUAUUCUAACCACUUCUCCAACCUUGAUACCUGGUCUCAGAAGAAUUACUGCCGCAACCCAUCCGGAAGGGAGAGGCCAUGGUGUUUCGUAAGGGGAGAUGCUAAAUGGGAAUAUUGUGAUAUCCCCAUGUGCACGGAUACGGACCCUCCAGAGUGCAAGAUAACUCAAAAGGGCGGUGAAUACAUUGGAAGGAAGAGUGUCAGCCAUUCAGGAUCCGCAUGUCGACCUUGGGGGAUACCUUGGAGGAGCACAACAUCUGGAAUGGGGACGUUCCUCUUACCGGCAUUUCCGGACUACAAAGAAACUGCGGAGACACACAACUUCUGUCGCAACCCUGAUGGACGCGUCGCUCUUUGGUGUUUCACUGAAAAUGAAAAUCGUAACGUUGAAUUCUGUGAUAUUCCCUUUUGCGACAUACAAGAAGUUCAAGUCGGACCCAAGGGGAACGUGUAUCCCGAAUGCAGACUGACUGAGAAAGGAAAGGAAUAUUUUGGGACGAAGGAUGUGACUGAGAUGGGAAAGCCUUGUUUCAAUUGGGAAUCUCAGCCUUAUGGCAUGCCAUGGGAUUUCUUCAAUCAGGAAAUGCCUUAUCCAGAUCACUUCAUCAACGUUGACCCAGCAAUCCACAAGAAUUACUGUCGGAACCCAUCUCUGUACAGAGAGAAGCCAUGGUGCUUCGUCACUGACUCAGACAUCGAGUGGGAGUACUGCGACAUUCCCAUCUGUCGUGACCUCGGUGGGUCCAUCAAUUCAAUCAUGCCGCCCGAAUGCAAGCUGACGCGAAGCGGCGGUGAAUAUGUCGGAAGGAGGAAUUCCACCAUUUCGGGAUUUCCGUGCCAACAUUGGCUGGCACGCUUUCCAAAUUCUGAAGAAUUCAUGAAAAAAUCACUAUCUGCAUUUCCUGAUGAAGUUGAUGGGAGCCACAACUUUUGCCGGAACCCCGAUAACACAAGCCAUGGUCCAUGGUGUUGGUCUUGGCAAUCGGGCAAAACGCUCGCCUGGGAAUAUUGCAAUGUUCCAUUUUGCCAGCAGACAAGACAACGAUGCGAUGUUCUUGUCUCGGGAAAUUGCAUUACUCCAUUGGAGUGCAAGAAAAACCAAAAAGGGGACGAGUAUAUGGGAACGAAGAACAUUACAAGAUCAGGUCAGCUGUGCCUGCCGUGGAUGAAGAGGCCAAACUUCGUUUAUAUUUCAGAUUUCUAUUUGAAAGUUAAUUCAUUUCCAGACGACUUGCAUCCUUCUCACAAUUUUUGUCGAAAUCCUAAUGGAGACAAGAAUGGACAUUGGUGUUAUUAUAAACAUGGAAUUAAUCCCGUUAUAGAUUACUGUGACAUCAAAGACCCCCCCCCUAUCUAUUUCGGUGCCCUGGGCAAUUCGACUCGCAACGUCCCCCGCCCCCCUUUUCGACAGGAGGUGAAUUCAUCCCUGGCGUCCGAAAUGACGCUGCAACGGAAAGCAUUUCCGCUUCCUGAAGCGAAACUCAGGUGGUGUCAAUUAUCACGUCUUACAUUCAACCGCGUUUUCGCACCCCUGGUGAAUUUGCACCCCCCGUGA